UUUAAAUGCAAUACUCGGUAUGAACUGCUGAAUGCUGUUAUCCUUUGUUUGUAGCAGUGUAGAAAGAAAAAACUUCAAUUUGUUAUAUAUUUGAUCCAAGUUACAUUUUAACAGUUGAAGGUAAAAUGUCAUCUCGUAAGAAAGUUUUGCUCAAAGUUAUUAUCUUAGGUGAUUCUGGAGUAGGAAAAACAUCUUUAAUGAAUCAAUACGUAAAUAAAAAAUUUAGUAAUCAAUAUAAAGCUACUAUCGGAGCAGAUUUCUUAACUAAAGAAGUUAUGGUUGACGAUAGGAUAGUGACAAUGCAAAUUUGGGACACCGCUGGUCAAGAACGAUUCCAAUCAUUAGGUGUUGCGUUCUACAGAGGUGCAGAUUGUUGUGUUUUAGUAUUUGAUGUAGCUGCACCAAGUACUUAUAAAUCAUUGGAUUCUUGGAGAGAUGAAUUUUUGAUUCAAGCAUCGCCACGAGAUCCAGACAACUUUCCAUUUGUUGUCCUUGGGAAUAAAGUUGACUUAGAAAAUAGAGCGAUUUCCAACAAGAGAGCUCAGCAGUGGUGUCAGUCCAAAAAUAAUAUUCCUUUUUUUGAAACUAGUGCAAAAGAGGCAAUAAAUGUAGAACAAGCUUUUCAAACGAUAGCUAAAAACGCAUUGGCUCAAGAAAGCGAAGUUGAGCUUUACAAUGAAUUCCCAGAUCAGAUUAAAUUAACGAGUGAUCAAAGAAACAGUGGAAAGGCUGAUUAUUGUGCUUGCUAGGUACCAAAUUGAGAAUUUUUUGGAUAAAUACGUUGAAGAUGCAGAUCAGAUUAAACAUUUUGAUAUAGAAUCUCUGUGUUAAUAUACAAGAGAAUUGCAAGUUGGUCAAGCCCGUGGCACUUAUCUUGCUAUUUUAAAUUAGGUGUCCAAAUAUGUUUUGAUAAAUUUAAUUACUAUUUGUGUUUAAUUCUACUGUACAAACUGUACCAAUCGGUCAUAGAUGGUAAUUACAUUUUUUGAUAUUACUAGCUACAAGUU